GCUGCUGCCACCCGUUUGCGCAACAAGUGAUUCCAUGCCGUGCAAAGACAAGGUUGCGCUUUGGUCUCCUACCGUUCUAAUCAGAGAGGCGAGCUGAUUGAAUAGAGAGAGACCGCGAGCUCUCCGUCGCUCCCGUCGUUGUCGAAAUGGAGCCCUUCUCGUUUGCCAGCUCCGACUCGCUUGAUUACCCCGUCAGGAUUCGUAUCAUAAACCUCGAAGGUGAAGAGGCACCUGUCUUAUUCUCUACCCUCCUCGACAAUCCCAACCUUCGACACAUAGGAUCCAACCAGAGCCCCUUUUCCGAUCUCUAUGUCACAGUACAGGUGUGGGCAGGUUCCAAGCCGUUGACUGUCCCUGUUCAGACAUCUUUCAAGACCUUUCGAGCCGAGCGCAGAUGGGGCGAGUGGCUCGAACUACCUGUCACAUACUCAGUCUUACCCCAGAAUGCCUGCCUUGCGAUAACACUUUGGGACCUUUCCCCAACGGGAGACGGACCUUAUGGUCACAGAAUUCCUUUCGGGGGGGCUACAUUGCCGCUGUUCGAUAAGGAUAACCAACUACACAAGGGUCGCCAGAAAUGUCACGUCUACAGACAUCUUCACGCGGACGGACACGACAACACUACAACCCCUGCUCUAGUCCCUAGGUCACGACCCAAAGACGGAACACCCGAGGACAAGGAUGCCGCCGAGUUGGAUCGUAUGGAGACGCUAUUCAAGAAGCAUGAAAUGGGCGAGAUUCCCCGCGUGGAUUGGCUGGACCAGCUUGUCUUUCGUGGAUUCGAGAGGCGCGGCCUUCAGACGGCCAGGUCAUCUCUCAAGGCCAAAGCCAUCAGGCAAACAGAGGCUUCUCGGGAUGACAAGUCCAGUGCGCAGAACGAGAAAGCGAAGCCAGAACCAUCUGGGUACUUUCUGAACGUAGAGCUAUCAAGAUUCGACUUCCCUGUGGUCUUUGCUGACUAUGAGUAUCCGGCACCACCCAUCUCUUCGUUCCAGCAUCUUUCCUCGUCACAAUCCAACAUCCUACUCAAACCUCCACCAGAGGUCCAUUUCGGCCCCGGUAUCAGCGUCGACGACGACGAGGGCUUCGAAGGCCGGCUGAUCAGGGUGUAUGACCCCGAGGUCGGUGCAAGAGACAACCCCGCCGAGAGCAAGCAUCGCAGAUUGGUCCGCAGCCAGCAUCGUAAUGGGAUUCUGGACAAGGACCUCAAGCCAAAUGCCAAGGUGCGGGAUGAGCUGAAUGUGAUCAUGUCAUACUCGCCAACCCACACGCUUUCGCCAGAGGAGAAGGACCUCAUCUGGAAAUUCCGCUAUCACCUCACAAGAAACAAAAAGGCACUCACCAAGUUUGUCAAGUCGGUGAACUGGCUAGAUCACUCCGAGUCGAAGCAGGCUGUUCAAGUCCUCGGGAAGUGGACGGACAUUGAUGUUGACGACGCCUUGGAGUUGCUUGGCCCGACGUUUGAUAAUUCGGCCGUGCGGGCAUUUGCUGUUGAGCGAUUGCGCAAAGCUGACGACAAGGAGUUACUUCUGUAUCUGCUUCAGCUCGUCCAGGCGCUCAAAUAUGAACAUAUCUCGACACGGCCUGGCCAUGAGGUCACACACGACUCGUCUUUGGCUCGAUUCUUGAUAUCCCGGGCUGUUCACAGUCUUGCACUCGGCAACUACUUUUGGUGGUAUCUCAUGGUCGAGUGUGAUGAUAGUUCCAUGGAUCAGGGUGAGGAAACUCAGAUGAUUUACAAGAAGAUUGCGUACGAUUUCAUGGCAGAGCUGGUGAAGCGUCCGGACGGGAAGGAGACCCGAAAGACGUUGCUGCGACAGGCUGAGUGGAUUGCGAUCCUCUCCAAGAUUUCUGGGGAAAUCAAGGAGGCGAACGAAUCCAUCGCGAAGAGGGUAGAGCGCGUCAAGCACUUCUUGGCCGACCCCAAAAACGAGCUGGUGACCAUCGACCCACCACUUCCCCUGCCCCUGGAUCCUUCGAUAGAAAUAUGCGGCGUGGUUCCGGAAGACACAGUUGUCUUCAAGUCAUCAUUACAUCCUAUCAAAGUGGCCUUCAAGACCACCUCUGGUCGGAAAUACCCUAUCUUGUUCAAGACCGGCGAUGACCUCCGUCAGGAUCAGCUCGUUAUCCAGAUCAUCACCCUCAUGGAUAACCUAUUGCUGAAAGAGAACCUCGACCUGAAGCUCUCCCCUUACAAGAUUUUGGCCACCGGUACGAGUGCCGGCCUGUCACAGUUUGUGCCAUCCAUGACCUUUCAGGGCAUCGCCUCCAAAUACCGCGCCAACCCGGCACAGGCCUACCUCAAGCAGAACAACCCCGACGCCCAAGGGCCAUUCGGCAUGCGCAAGGAGAGUCUGGAUACAUUUGUCCGGUCGUGCGCCGGCUACUGCGUGAUCACUUACAUCCUCGGCGUUGGUGACCGUCACCUCGACAACCUGCUGUUAGCUCCAGACGGCCACUUCUUCCACGCCGAUUUUGGGUACAUCCUCGGCCGCGACCCGAAACCUUUUGCGCCCGCGAUGAAGCUUUCAAAGGAGAUGGUCGACUGCAUGGGCGGGUCCAACUCGGAGUAUUACCGGCAGUUCAAGCAGUACUGCUUCUUGGCGUAUAGCGCGCUGAGGAAGAACAGCAACUUGAUUCUGAACUUGUUCAGUUUGAUGGUCGACGCGAAUAUUCCCGACAUCAAGCUGGAGCCGGAUAAGGCGGUGCUGAAGGUUAAGGAGAGGUUUCACUUGGAACUGAGCGAGGAGGAUGCGAUUAGACAUUUGGAGAGGAUCAUGGACGACAACCUGAACGCGCUGGUGCCAGUGGUGAUUGACAAGUUGCAUGAGCUGGUGCAGGCUUUUAGGGCGUAGUUUAGAGACGGAUUUGGUGUUCAGGUGGCGCUAGAUAUGAAUUUUGGGACGGAGAACCAGAUAUAUAGUGGUGGCAUUCAUGUUCAGGAAGUGAUGCCAUCGUGCCAUUCGCAGCGUCUCUUGAGCCACACGUGAUCUUUACGUCUCCCCAAAAACAAAAACACCCUUCCCACUCCUAAACCCGCCCAGGGUCCCCUGAACCGCCUCCUUGAGCGUCUUCUCCUCCGUCUCCCAGUUCCACUCCACCUCCUGCACCGGGCUCUCCUUGAACUUACCCUCCCUCAUCAAGUUCAAAAUAUCCUCAAUCAUCUUCUUCCUGCCCUCUGGGUUCUCCUUACCCCACUCACUCAACCAAAAGCCUUCAAACCUCAACCUCUUGAAGAUCUGCGGCCCAGUCGGGAACGGGAAACUUUGUCUGCUCAUCCCGCCAUACGUAACCAUGCACCCCUUCGGACUCAGCGCCUUCACCACAGCACUCGCCGACUUCCCCCCAACACAGUUCAUCCCCAACAACAACGGCUCCUUCCCCCCCUUAGUCAGCUCCCCAAGUCGAUCCCUAAAACUCCUGUCCAAGAACUCCUGCUCGGUCAGAACAACAUUGGCUCCCAACCCGGUGAGCUCCUCCUUGAGCUUCUCCGUCUCUUCAGGUGUCUCCCUUUCCCGAACGACGUUGAUACUCCUCAACCCCCACAACCUCCCAAACUGAACCGCCGCCCUGCCCACCCCAGAAUUCGCCCCGUUUUGGAGAAACCACGCCCCCCCGGAGACGUCUUUCCCCUCGCGAUACCACCGCAUGCUGAGACCAACCAGAUCGACAUAGUCCUUCAGCAUCCGAUACGCACUGCACGGAUUCACCGACACCGUCGCCACCUGAACGGGCGUCAAACCCUCCCUCUCGACCCUCAUCAGUUUCCCCUCCGCCUCCUCAACCAAAGCAUGAGUCCUAAAGGUUCCAAACCCCGUCUUGGCAGGGAUAACCCAAUCCCCCUUCUCCAGACCCUUCACUCCCUGCCCGACAGACAGGACCUCGAAGCAGGCCUCAUUCCCCGGUACUGCGGACGGUUGGGCGGUGCCGAGGAGGGUGGUGAAGGGGGGCUUGGAGCCG